CAUGCACCACAUUUGUACAGACAAGAUGGGGACAAACGAAGGUUGGCCUGAGGCGUUCGGUUUCUCCAUCAGCGGAGGGUCUCCAGUGGUUAUUAGCGAGGUGGAGGAGGGAGGCUCGGCUCAGCAGGCAGGGUUGCAACCAGGGGACGCUCUCAUCGAGCUGGAUGGUGUGUGUGUGGAGGAGUGGUCCAGGAUUGAGGUGGUGGACCAUGCUCGAUGUGCCAGCAAGGUACCGCCCAGUCUGGUGGUCAUGUCACGCGUACGACAGUUCUCCAUACCACGUGAUGAGGAGGGUGGGUAUGGGCUCACCUUCAGGGGGAGUUCCCCUGUAUUCGUACGCUCUGUUGACUACCCCAGCUCAGCUAGGACGGCAGGAGUCAGGUCAGGUGACCUCCUGCUUGAGGUCAACUGGGAGAAUGUCAGGUUUUGUUCUAAGUCUCAAGUACUGGAGCGUGUCAAGAGUAGUGGGCGUGUCCUACACUUGAUGGUGGUGGCGGGAGGACUGGGAACAACCCCACGCUCACCACUACAUUCUGCUGACAUCAGCACCUUCAUGGGGGCUAGAGCAGUGGGCGGGGCUGACAAGAAGACGCUGGAAAUGAGGACGAAUAAAGCAAAAAUCUUCCACAGCAAGGUCAACUAUUAUCUGAUGGACGAUGAUCAGAAGAAGACUCAUCUCCUCACUCUGUUGCGCCUCUACUCUAAGGACAGGGACAUUGACAGUCUAGGACACUCCCUCGACGUGCUACUAGACACACCCAUUCAGAGGAGACUCCUCCCACAUAUCAGGUCUUUCGUUCUCUCUUCUCAUCACAAACGUUUUGAUGUGCUCAUGUCCUAUUCUCCUGACCGUGCUGCCCCCUCUAGUCGUCGUGGGUCAUAUGACCUUGGCUCCUACCACUCCAGACCAUUGUCCAUGACAAGGAGUUCACCUUGGAGGUCAAGUUUACCCAACCUAGCAACGGGAGGAGAAAGAGUGGUGUGUGUGGAUCGUGGUGGCGGUGGGUUUGGUUUCACCCUCAGUGGUAACUGUCCUGUGUUUAUACGCUCGGUGGACCCAGGGGGUGCGGCGUCAAGAGUGGGACUCCGCCCAGGAGACAGAAUACUUAAACUAAACGGACUCGACAUAAGAAAUUCCACCCAUUCUCAUGUUGUGCGUCUCUUGAGAGGAAGUGGGACACGCCCAACUCUUGUCGUAGCAUCGCUAGAGUCACUGGAGGGGUCAGUAAGGUCAACGGCUCCUCACCCCAGAGGUGGUGGUGGUGUCAGAAAGAACACGGAAGCUUUCAAAGACAAGAUGGAGCAAGUUUUGGGAGAAGAUGAUCGUCAAAGUGUGAUCGAAACUCUCGGGAAAUUCUCCAAAGAUCAGAACCUACAAGACCUGGUGGAGGGGUUGGGAGAUGUGCUCAAUGAUCGUAAUAAAGUCGUCCUCUUCCACUAUAUUUGUCAGCUCUUACCGGGAGAAGCGCAGAAUGAAUUUGACAGAAUUGCAGCUGGCAUGCUAACAGGAGGAGGUACCUCUAAAGCAUCUAAGGAGCGGCAUGCACUAAUUAGAGGGGCAAUGGGGACUAACGGGGCAUCACAUGAUCUUCUACACAUGUCACAUGAUGGGGAACUGCAAGACACGUUCAUUGGAAGUGGUAAAGGAACGACUAAGAGUUCCAGUUUAACUAUCGGCAGUCCUGGAUCCAGAGUUGUUCAGCAGCUGAGAAAGGAGAAGAAAGACCCUCAAGGAGCUGACAAAUCUUCAUCGUCCAAUGGGAUGCCAAAUACUUCUGUCUAUUCCACUCCAGGGGGCACACCACUCCCACCUAAUCCACCCCCCACACCUCACAUUGGAGUGGGCGGGAUCCCCAUACCCCCUCCACCACCGCCCACACUCCCUGGCGGACACGGGCAGACAAACAAACUCAAAAGGGUUAACUGGGAAAAGGUGCAGGGCACAGAAGGCACGAUAUGGAGUGAGUUGAGUGGUUUGGAGGAUGCUUUGGAGUACUUUGAGUUGGAGAAACAGUUUGCUAGUGGUAAGCCAAAGGUGACCAGUGGACAGGGCAAGAAGAAACAACCCACCGUUCUGGACCCAAGGAAAGCUUACAAUAUCUCUAUAUUGCUGGGACAUCUGAAACUUCCUUUCGACAAGAUCAAAGAGGCUGUUCUGAAGUGUGACGAGAGUGUGUUAUCAGAGCAACACCUGAGGCAGCUCGAGGCAUUCGCUCCUGACAAGACAGAGUGUUUGGGUUUCACCCGUUACUAUGACAACCCAGAGGUCCUCAGCAUACCAGACAGGUUCUCGUGUGAGAUGAGCACCAUUCCAUGUUAUCAGGAGCGAGUCAAAGCAAUGGUCUUCAAACUACAUUUCAUAGACAAAGUGGAGGAGAUAAAACCUGACCUGGAAGCCAUCAGCAUCGCUGCAAUACAACUUCAGUCCAGCAAACAUCUCAAGAAAGUAUUGGAGAUCGUACUUGCUGUGGGAAACUACAUGAACGCUGGUAACCAUCGAGUGGGUGGGGCCAGCGGAUUCAAGAUCAGCUACCUUGCCCAGCUCAAGGACCUCCGUACAACUGACAAUAAGUCGUCUCUGGUGCACUUUGUGGCCGGGACUGCUGAGAGGAAGUUUCCCGACACUCUUGAGUUUCCUAAUGACCUCAGCUUUAUACGCAAGGCUGCUAGAGUCUCUGGCCAGACGCUGGAGGUGGAGAUGAAUGAGCUGAGCCAGGGGUUAAAGGUCAUCCAACGAGACAUUCUAGAGAUCAGCUCAAGAGAGAAAAUGGAUGACGACCAUUUCGAAGAAACCAUGAAACCCUUCUUAGUGGAGGCGGAUAAGGAGAUGGACUCACUGCUCAAGCUCUACGGGAAGAUGAAGACAGAGUAUCAAGCAGCUGUGCGUUUCUUUGGAGAGGAUCCACUCAAGUUGAGGAUAGACGACUUCUUUGGAGCGUUUGCAACUUUUGUGGAUGAUUUUGAGAGGGCAGCCCAAGAGAACAAGGCGGAGCGGGAACGUGUUGUCCUGCUAGAGAGGAAGCUUCAAGAGAGAGCCACCGAGGUACCCGGCAAGAAGAGAGGGUCACUCUCUAAACUGUUUGGCAGAACUAAAGACAAAGAUGUUGACCUGAGGCACGAACUAGAAGCAAAGACACAACAAUCAAAGUCCAUCGAUUUUGCAGCACUUGAGAAAAAGAAAGAUGUCGAAUUAGUUGAACCAGAGCAGCAUGACUUUAGACAUUUAUUACGGCAAACCGAUCACUCUAAGCAACCCGCUGUACAGUCAGGGGCGUGGCCACAGCCGCCUGAAACCCGUCAGACAGGAUAUCGUCAGCCGAGUAUUGAUAAACUGAGAGACAAUGAAGAGCAAGUCUCAACAAACGGUAAACAAGACUACGACCAUGAAACUCUGUUCUAAAAUUAAUGUAUUAUUAGUAUUUUCAUCAAUAAUAUUAUAGCAAAUACAUGUAUUAUCUUGUUCCUUCCCGUGUACUUUACUCGUAUGGCUUGAUUCCAUGUACAGGUUAAUAAUACAUUUUGGUAUAAUUAUAAAGUGCAAACAACUUUCCUUCGAGCAAGUUACUGUAUGUACGUAUGGAGGGACUGACAACUGAUAAAAUGACAUUACAUUGAAAGAGAUUCUAGUGACUUGAAACGGAAAUGUACAUGUAUAUACAAUAAUGAUUAAAUACCUAAAAUGAAAAAAAA